AUGACCCGCUCCUUCCCCACCCUAACCAACAAACGAAUCUGUCUCCUCAUCGCCCACCCCGACGAUGAAGCGAUGUUCUUCGGCCCAACCUUACUCUCCCUGACCCGCCCCGACCUAGGCAACACGGUCGUAAUCCUCUGUCUCUCCUCCGGCGACGCCGACGGAUUGGGACACAUCCGCGUCGACGAACUCCGGAAAUCAGCGCUGUUGUUGGGACUGAGGAGUGCGGAGCAUGUGGUGGUCGUAGACGACCCGGCGCAAUUCCCGGACUCGAUGACGGCCAAGUGGGAUGCGAAAUUGAUCGCGGGGAUGUUGAUGAAGUACUUUGCGCCGAAAGCCACUUCAACACCAUCGACGGAAGCGCCGACGGCAGGGGUGGAUGUGUUGAUCACGUUCGACACGGGCGGAGUGUCGGGACAUCCGAAUCACAUCUCCCUCUACCACGGAGCGAAGGCGUUUUUGGAAACACUCAUGCAGCGACAUCGAGGCUGGGACUCGCCGACGAAGUUGUAUACGCUGCGAACGACGGGGACGGUGAGGAAGUAUAUGAGUGUGUUUGACUCGGUGGUGACGGUGGCGUUGAGUAUUGGGAGGAGGAAGGAGAAAGGGGAGUUUCCGACGCCGUUGUUGACGGUGAGUCUGCCUGGGGGUGUGUUUACGGCGCAGAGGGCGAUGGUUACGGCGCAUAAGAGUCAGAUGAGGUGGUUUCGAUGGGGGUGGAUUGGGUUGUCGAGGUACAUGGUCAUUAAUGAUUUGGCGAAGCAGAAGGGGUUUUAG